AUGGAGACCAAAGGUCACCCCAGCCCCCGGGAGGGACCCGCGUCCCCCAGCGGCCGGAGGGCUGCAGCGGAAGACGGUCGUUUGCUGAUCAACGCUGUUAAGGAAGAAGACGUCGACCGGGUCCAGCGACUGCUGAAAAGCGGGGCUGACGUCAACUUCCAGGAAGAAGACGGGGGCUGGGCACCUUUGCACAACGCCGUGCAGAUGAACAGGGAGGACAUCGUGGAGCUUCUGCUUCAGCAUGGGGCCGACCCUCACCUCCGGAAGGGAAACGGGGCCACGGCCCUCAUCCUCGCGGCCAUCCAGGGAAACGUGAAGCUCCUCGAACUCUUCCUGUCUGCAGGGGCAGAUGUCGAUGACCCUGACGUUCAUGGCUUCACAGCUUUCAUGGAAGCCGCUGCCUACAAUAGGGUCGACGCCUUAAGGUUUCUUCGCCAGAGGGGAGCGGAGGUGAACUCGAGGCGGAAGACCACGGAGGCGCAAAGGCGGCUUGGGGGAGGAGGGGCCACAGCGCUCAUGGAUGCCGCGGAAAACGGCUGUCUGGAGGCCUUGAAGGUCCUCCUGGAUGAGAUGGGGGCGGAUGUCCAUGCCCGUGACAAUAAGGGCCGAAACGCCUUGAUUCGCGCGCUUCUGCGCGCCCAGGAUGACCGAGUGGAGGGUGUCACCCGCCUCCUGCUGGACCAUGGGGCUGAUGUCAAGGUGAGGGGAGAAGGGGGGAAGACGCCCCUGAUCCUGGCGGUGGAGAAGAAGCGCUUGGGUUUGGUGCGGAUGCUGCUGGGACAAAAGGACAUAGACAUCGACGACACAGACAGCGAGGGCAAAACGGCGCUGCUGCUGGCUGUCGAACUCAAACUGAAGGAAAUCGUUGAGUUGCUGUGCGACAGAGAAGCCCGCAUGGACUGCGGGGAUCUUGUGAUGGUAGCCAGGCGGAAUUAUGACACUGGGCUUGUAAAGUUUCUUCGCCUUCGUGGUGCUAAGGAACAUUUUCACCCUCCUGCGGAAGACUGGGUGCCUCAGAGCUCCCGCUGGGCCGAACCCCUGAAAAACCUCCGCAGAAUAUACCGCCCUAUGAUCGGCAAACUCAAGACCUUUCUUCUUGAAAAGUAUAAAAUCGCUGACACUUCUGAAGGCGGCGUCUACCUGGGAUUCUAUGAGGGCCAAGAGGUGGCUGUGAAGACAUUUCGUGAAGACAGCCAACGUGCCCGGCAGGAAGUCUCCUGCCUGCAAAGCAGCCGAGAGAACAGUAACUUGGUGACAUUCUAUGGGAGUGAAAGCCACAGGGGCUGCCUGUACCUGUGUGUCACCCUCUGUGAGCAGACUCUGCGAGCGUGCUUGGAUGAGCUCAAAGGGGAAGUUGUGGAAAAUGAAGAAGAUGAAUUUGCCCGGAAUGUUCUCUCGUCUAUAUUUAAGGCUGUUCGAGAACUGCAUGUGUCGUGUGGUUACACUCACCAGGAUCUGCGGCCACAAAACGUCUUAAUAGAUUCUAAGAAUGCAGUUCGCCUGGCAGAUUUUGACAAAAGCACCCAGCGGACUAGAGACCCACAGGAGAUCAAGAAUGAUCUAGAGGCCCUUGGACGGCUGGUCCUAUAUGUGGUAAAGAAGGGAGCUAUCUCUUUUGAGACAUUGGAGGCUCAGAGUAAUGAAGAAGUGGUUCAACUCUCUCCAGAUGAGGAAACUAAGGACCUCAUUCACCAUCUUUUCCACCUGGAGAACAAUGUGAGGGACUGUUUUUUGAGUGACUUGCUGGGUCAUCCCUUCUUCUGGACUUGGGAGAGUCGCUAUAGGACACUGCGGAAUGUGGGAAAUGAAUCUGACAUCAAGAAGCCAAAACCUAACAGUGAUAUCCUCAAACUACUGCAACAUUCCGAAAGUUUUGACAAGUGGCCUUCUAAGAUUGAUGAAUAUGUUAUGAAAGAAAUGAAUAAGUUCUAUAAAAGAAGAAAGGACAAGGUCUACCAGGACACUGUGGGUGAUCUGCUGAAGUUUAUCCGAAAUAUAGGAGAACACAUUAAUGAAAAAAAGAAUGAAAAGAUAAAAUCGAAAAUUGGAGAGCCUUCCCAGUAUUUCCAGGAGAAAUUUCCAGAUCUGGUGAUCUAUGUCUAUACAAAACUGAAGAACACAGAAUACAGAAAGCAUUUCCCAGAAAUCCACUGUUCAAACAAGCCUCAGUGUGAUGGAGGUGGUGCGGCCAGCAGGCUGGCUAACCCUGAGUGCUGAUGAACUGAGUCGUUCGAGUUCAGGGAGCCACUUAUUAGCUGCGGAAUCCUUGGCGAGUCACAACUUUCUGGGCCUCUUAACUAAUCCUAUUGCUUGUGAGAAAUGAAUUAGAUAUCUGAUGUGCCAGUCUCUAUAACAAAAACAGUAUAUGCCCAGACUGCACUGGCAGGUAAAGCUUAUGGACAGAAACUGAAAGGAUAUUCUUCUAGGAGUCCUCUUGACAAUUGCACCAAAGGAGUGAGUGCCUCAAUCUCUAAUGCUCUACGUGUUACAACAGUUAUGUCUUUUAAUUCUCCCAAUGACCUUGCAAAGCAGGGUUUACUAUCUCCAUUUAAGACUGAG